UUCAAUUAACUUUACCUGAGCAUAAUUUCAUAAGAUAAAUAUGUACAUAUAUUAAAAUAAUGAAGUAUUUUCGCAGUACGAUGGACUCGGAUAACGUAAACUGUACACCUAAGCCUGCUUUCAAAGAAUUGACGCAAUUUUUUUUAGACAACUUUGGAACUAGUGAUAUACCAGCCGGCUAUGUGAAAGGAGAUACCUAUGGUCCGAGAACGAAUAAGCAAGAUUUCGCCGAAUUAUUUAUAGUAUUUGAUAUACUUAUAGUACUGGCUAUUUUAUGUGUUUUCGUAUUACUAAUGAUGAUUCUUUUCUUAGUAUGGUACUACAAAAGAUGUAAUUGUGAAUCAGAAACAUGCAGGAGAAUAAAAUUAUGGACAAUCUUAAUAACUUCACUAUUACUGCUUUCGCUCAUAUUGUCAGCUUUCGGGCUCUACAUUGUCUUCAAAAAUAUUGCACAUCUAAAGCAAGUAUAUACAAAACCCGAAGAUUCACAAGGUAAUAAAUUUGAUGAGAUCGGGACAGUCGUAUCCGAAAUCCUGGGCGACGAUUUUGAAAACUUAAUGGACAAUUCAAUUUAUAGCUGCUGGAAUUCCGAUUUACUAAAAGAUCUUUACCCUGCAACGACGAAAUUGCAAAAAAUGUCAAAAGUUUUCGAGAGGAUGUACAAACCAUAUAUAGAAAAUUUCCUCAUGCCAGCUUUUCCCAAUACAUUACUGUAUGAUGAUGUUUACCGAAUGUUUGCAAGAAACUUUUCUGCAUAUAUGACCUCGGGGAAACAAGGAAUUCCCAUUAUUCUUGAAACUAAGGCCCUUCAAUAUGGCAGAAAUUUAUUUUCAUUAGAAGAUUGGGGGAAAUUAUACAAUUCCUCAAAUAUGAUCUCAGAACUCCUGCCUUACUACGCCAGAACUGCGCAAUCGAAUAUGAGGAUGUCACGUGUGUGUGCCCAUAUUGAGGAUUAUUUUGAUGAAAUAUCGGCGAGUGUCAAUCAACAAAAAAAUUUUAUAAACGAAAAGGUCAAAACACUCUUUCAGAAGAAAAUGACGGAACGUAAUGCACCAUACAAGUUUGGAUAUAUUAUAUGUAUUAUAGCCAUAGCGGUGCUGGCCAUUUAUCUAAUGCUUCUAUUAUGCAGUUUGUGUUUGAAAUUUAAAGCUAUGAUCAAACCUCUCAUAUUUAUCUUUAUAAUUCUUACAUUGGUUUUCAUUCUCAUGGCUUUCGUAACAUUUUUCCAUUUCUUCUAUGGAGUUAUUGGUUAUAAUGGAUUGUGCAAAGAAAAUACAAGAACAAAAGCGGAUAGUUUCAUUUAUAUGAUGCACAAGCAAUGCACAGAUAAUCAGAAGGUAUACACUUUAUUGACAGACAAUCAUUGGAUAAAAGGUUUGUCUCAAUGGAGUACCAUUGAUGAAGCUGAAAUUUUAGAAGACUGCAUGGACACUUGCACCAUUUUGGAUCGGAAAUUUAUAGAUAUAGUGUUUGGCGCCUCAAAGGAUUAUCCAAAUAAAAAUUUCUGUGAAUAUAAAGCAUUUAACCAAUCGUGGCUAGAUCUCAUCAUUAGCAAACACGGCGAAUAUCAACAAAACAUGUCGGACUUUGACAAAAACUAUUUUGCUAAAUUACGAAAAAAUAAAACGUUAUGCCUUUUGGAUCUGGCAAAACAUGGUAGAGAAGUUUCAAAGCGACUGCCUCGAAAAGAAUAUCUACGAUGUAGUAGUGGUUAUAAAGCGGGUAAACAUUUUACCGAAUCCUUAAAACCGGCCUACGAUGAACUAAAUUCGUUGUGUAAAACUACUGUUGACUCUUGUAAUAAAUAUGUUAAAGAAAUAUCACUCCUCGUUCAGAACGUAAAUGCGUUCAAAACAAAUUCUGAGGAAAAGCUUAAGCAAGAGCUUGGACCAUGUGAAGAUAUGCUUAGCUCUGCAACGAUCAAACAGAAAGAAUUCUGUAACUGUGAAUCGUACAUGUUGAACGGUGUCUGGGUUGGCAGUAUUUUAUUUUUGUUGGGCACGCUUUUGACUCUCCUGCUAUUGCCAUGCUUACUGUGUCUGUUCGUGAAAUGUAGCGAAGAUGAUUGUAUAUGCACAUAUUAUAAGGAAAGAAGAGAUGAAGAAAGCGAGGAAUUGGCACAUUCAAUAGUAUUGCCAGCAAUAACGCUACCAAAGCAUGUCAUCAACUCCCUACAAGAAGAUCCGCGGGUUAACUACAAAGUUAAGAAAAUUAAUUAAUCUGAAAGUAUCCAAGUAAUUCAAAAAAUUUUCACAAUUUGGAAUUUUCUUACACCAUUUUCGGUCUAUUAACACAUAAAAUCAGUUAUACUAACUUUAUCAUUACUGAAUUUAAGACGCUUAUAAAUAAGGAAACAUAAUAUCUUUCGAAGCUACAAAAAUUGAAGAUAUUGCGAAAUCUUAGGAUCUUCAAUUUUUUUUUUAACUGAAACA